UUCCGUUAUUAGUCUCUCUCUCUACGCAUGUCCACGCCUGUCCCACUCCCGUGCGCUCGCGCUCAUCACCGGGGCCAAGCAGAAGAAACUCUCCUAAAACGGCUUUGAAAUCCCACAAUCAAGAAAUACCAUUCAAACUCGCCUCAGCUGGUGCUUUGUUGUGUUACUUUCUCCGUUAAACCGAUUCUUACCAAGUUGAAAACUUUUUUUUGUCUUGAGAGAAGAGAUGUGGGUGGUAAACAGUCUGGCCGAACCGUAAACCCACUAACGGAGCCGAAAAACCAGCACAGAGAAAACAGCUUCUGGAGCGACAAACAUCCUCACGGUCCGCUGUCUGUUAACAGAAUGAGCAGUAUGUUGCAGUGGAUGAGUGAAAUGUUCUGGCAGGAGCGUCUGUGGUUCCCAGAGGGUUUGGGAUGGGCUGACCUGGAGGACCGGGAUGGGCGGGUCUAUGCGAAGGCACGGGAUUUGUGGGUGGCAUUGCCAAUCGCCGCCCUGUUUAUGGCUAUUCGACCGGUCUAUGAGAGAUAUGUUGCUACACCAGUAGCCUCUCUGCUGGGCAUUAAGGAAACGGUCAGAAGGCGAGUUACACACAACCUAACACUGGAGACCUACUUUUGCAACACAACUAAAAACCCCCCACAGAGUUCAGUUGAGAAACUGUGCAAGCAGACGGGAUGGACAGAGCGACAGGUCCAGCGUUGGUUCAGGCGGCGCAGGAAUCAAGACAGACCCAACCUUCUCAAGAAGUUUUGUGAGGCCAGCUGGAGAUUCGCCUUUUAUCUUCUCGCCUUCAUUGGCGGUCUUGUUGCACUGAUAGACAAACCCUGGUUGUACGAUCUAAAGGAGAUGUGGAAAGGGUUCCCCACUCUGAUCCUCCUGCCGUCUCAGUACUGGUACUACAUGCUGGAGCUGGGUUUCUACACCUCACUUCUUUUCAGUGUGGCAUCUGAUGUCAAACGUAAAGACUUCAAAGAGCAGAUCAUUCAUCAUGUGGCCACCAUCAUACUGAUCAGUUUCUCCUGGUGUGUUAAUUACAUCAGAGCGGGAACGCUCAUCAUGUUCAUGCAUGAUUCAGCUGACUAUCUACUAGAGUCAGCUAAGAUGUUUAACUACGCGAGAUGGAAGAACGCAUGCAACUACAUCUUCAUCCUGUUUGCUGCGAUCUUCAUCGUCACACGCCUCAUCAUCUUCCCUUUCCGGAUCAUGUACUGUACGUGGGUGUAUCCCGUGACCCUGUACCCUCCUUUCUUUGGAUAUUACUUCUUUAACGGGCUGCUGAUGGUUCUGCUGUGUCUGCACAUCUUCUGGGCCGCUCUGAUCAUACGCCUGGCCUUCCGCUUCUUGAGCUGUAAUUCGUCGGUUGAAGACGAGAGGUCCGACAGAGACGAGACGGAGUCCGAGGAGGAAGAUGAGGUGAAAAACGGAGAGAUAAAGAAAAACGGACCCGCUCGGAAUGGUCACGCUAACAACAACCACUCUAAAACAGAGUGACGUCCCGAGAGGACAGGAGAAAUGCUCAGAAACACAAAGACUCUUCGGAAGCAGAACAGAGAAGAGUGAAGAACAGAGGAACAAUCCCAGUUUUACGAACAGAUAAUCGCUUUGUACACUACAGAGUACAGACACAAACACACUUACAGUAAGUCAUCACAUGAACACAGGCACAUCGAUUCCAAGUGCCAAACAUAGAGCAACGCUGCCUUACAGAUCACCUAAAAAUCAAUAUCAUUUACUGAUGUUGUUCCAAACCUCUAUGACUUUCUUGGAGUUAUUUAUAGCAGAACGUCCAAACUGCUCUUGCCUAUAGAAUGAAAGUCAAUGGUGACCACAGCAGUCAAGCAAGAUAUUCAGUUUCGAAGCUGUUGUACGGACUUCUUUUAUGGUGCAUUUUUGUGCAUUCUAGAGCUCAUUUUAUUGUAUGGAAGAGAGCAGCUCAGACAUUAUGCUAAACUUUAGUUUUUUUAUGUCCUAAAUGAAAAAGCCAUGUGGGUUGUGGACAACAUGACGACAGAACACUUGUUUUAGGUGAACUGUCCCUUUAAAUAGUGCCUUCCUUUGCCCUCGUUUGCUCUUUUUCAUGCCUUGCUUUUCUUGUGGGUUUCUGCAAUCUCUUU